AAUCCGGCACUCUGCAACACCUCAUGGCCUUCAAUAGGAGGGCCACGCUGUACUGCGCAAAUUUUUAUGCGGUGGUUUUUAUUUCAGGUUUCUUCGUCAAAGUACUGUUUUGCAGGUUACGAUUUUAGAACUAAAUUAGGGUGUAGGACUGAGGAUCUUGAAGGUUUCUUGGGUUUGUGUUUGCGGUGAUUGAGGUGAGGCUAUCCGCUGGUGAUGUGGGCUUUUGAUUAGGGUUUUAUUUAUUUUUUGAAUUUUGUAGUGUGGGAAUUUGUUGCGGUAGUUUUGUAGGAGCAUACCAUGCAUUUGUUAGUACGGAAUUUUGCGGGGAGGACAAUCUCUGUGUCCUUGCCGGAAGGGGCUGCAACUGUGCAAACGCUGAAGGAGACUGUGGAAGCGCGAGAGCGCAUUCUUGCGCGGCAUUUUGGUGUUGUGUAUGGUAACAAGCAGCUCACACAGGACGAUGCUUUGCUUGGAAGCUAUGGGGUAACGGAUGGUUCCACUCUACAUAUGACAGGAAGAGUUCUGGGAGGUAUGCAAGCGCCGGUCGUCCCCAAGCCUCGGUUGGAUUUUCUGAACUCGCGACCUCCGGCUAAUUAUGUUGCUGGAUUGGGGCGUGGUGCCACCGGGUUCACCACUAGGUCUGAUAUUGGACCUGCAAGAGCUGCACCUGAUUUGCCGGACAGGACUGCGACUACAAUCGGAGGAGCUGCAGCAGCGAUAGCAGGAGCUGGGCGUGGGAAAGGCAAAGGAGGAAACGAAGAGGAGGAGGAGGAAGCGGAGGAGAAAGGGUAUGAUGAAAAUCAGAAGUUCGACGAGUUUGAAGGAAAUGAUGUGGGAUUAUUUGCUUCUGGAGAGUAUGAUGAAGAUGACAAGGAGGCUGAUGCCGUAUGGGAGGAUAUUGACAAGCGCAUGGACUCCAGGCGGAAGGAUCGCCGGGAGGCACGUCUGAAGAAAGAAAUCGAGAAGUAUCGUGCUUCUAAUCCUAAAAUUACAGAGCAGUUUGCAGAUUUGAAGCGGAAGUUAGUGACUUUAUCAGCCUCGGAGUGGGAUAGUAUACCAGAAAUCGGGGACUAUUCGCUGAGAAACAAAAAGAAAAGAUUUGAGAGUUUUGUUCCCCCACCAGACACUCUUUUUGAACGUGCCAAGCAGGAACAUGAACAUGCAACUGCGCUUGACCCUCGGUCCAGAGCUGCGGGUGUGGAAACCCCGUACGGGCAGACUCCUGUUACAGAUCUUACAGCCGUUGGAGAAGGAAGAGGUACAGUGUUAUCCCUUAAGCUGGAUCGUCUUUCCGAUUCUGUGAGCGGAUUGACUGUCGUAGAUCCAAAGGGGUAUCUCACCGAUCUAAAAAGCAUGAAAAUCAAUAGCGACGCCGAAAUUUCUGACAUAAAAAAGGCUAGGUUAUUGCUAAAGUCUGUCAUACAGACGAACCCGAAGCAUGCCCCUGGUUGGAUUGCAGCUGCGCGUCUGGAAGAGGUUGCCGGAAAAAUUCAAGCAGCCAGGAAUUUCAUACAGCAAGGAUGCGAGGAAUGCCCUCAAAACGAGGAUGUCUGGCUUGAGGCCUGCCGGUUAGCGACUCCCCAGAAUGCCAAAGCUGUUUUGGCUCAGGGAGUUAUGGCCAUCCCUAAUUCUGUGAAGUUGUGGAUGCAAGCGUCGAAACUUGAGAGUGAUGAUAUCAGCAAGUCACGGGUGUUGCGGAAAGCACUUGAACAUAUACCAGACUCUGUGAGGAUUUGGAAAGCUGUAGUUGAACUCGCCAAGGAAGAUGAUGCAAGAAUCCUUCUCUCACGAGCCGUUGAAUGUUGUCCUCUUCACGUGGAGCUUUGGCUGGCUUUGGCUCGCCUUGAGACCUACGAUAAUGCAAAGCGUGUUCUUAACAAAGCACGUGAAAUGUUACCAACGGAGACAAGUAUAUGGAUUACUGCAGCUAAGCUAGAAGAAGCUAACAGGAAUAUAGCUAUGGUGGGCAAGAUCAUUGACAGAGCUAUUCGUACGCUCCAACGCGAUGGAGUUUCUAUAGACAGGGAAGCCUGGAUGAAGGAGGCAGAAGCAGCGGAGCGUGCCGGCUCAGUGGCGACUUGCCAAGCUAUCAUUACCUCAACUAUCGGCAUUGGAGUAGAAGAAGAGGACAGGAAAAGAACAUGGGUGGCAGACGCGGAUGAGUGCAAGAAACGUGGAUCUGUGGAAACAGCUCGAGCAAUUUACGCUCAUGCAUUGACGUUCUUUCCGGGCAAGAAGAGUGUUUGGUUGCGAGCCGCACAAUUGGAGAAGAGUCAUGGAACUCGGGAAUCUCUGGACGCCAUGUUGAAGAAGGCGGUAGGUUAUUGCCCUCAGGCUGAAGUGUUGUGGCUCAUGGGUGCCAAGGAGAAGUGGUUAGCUGGGGAUGUUCCUUCAGCUCGUGCCAUUCUUCAAGAGGCUUAUGCUGCUAUACCUAAUUCCGAGGAGAUUUGGUUGGCUGCCUUUAAAUUAGAGUUUGAGAAUCAUGAACCAGAGAGAGCUCGGAUGCUGUUAGCAAAGGCUAGAGAGAGAGGAGGCACUGAGCGGGUCUGGAUGAAGUCAGCGAUAGUGGAGCGUGAGAUAGGAAAUGUGGACAAGGAGAGAGAAUUGUUGGAAGAAGGUCUGGAAAGAUUUCCACAAUUCCACAAGCUAUGGCUUAUGCUAGGGCAGCUCAAGGAUCGUCUUGGCCAGCCUGAAGCAGCGCGAGAGACGUACGAGAGAGCAUUGCGGAAUUGUCCUCACAGUAUUCCACUUUGGUUAUCUGCGGCUGCCUUGGAAGAGAAGUUGGGUGGUUUGAGUAAGGCCAGAGCUGUUCUCACGAAGGCCAGGCUCAAGAAUACACACAAUCCUGAGCUUUGGCUGGCUGCCAUCCGCGUCGAGGCUCAUGCUGGAAACAAGAAGGAUGCAGAGUCUCUGAUGGCCAAGGCUCUACAAGAUUGUCCUUCUAGUGGACGCCUAUGGGCAGAAGCCAUCGAUAUGGCUCCACGACCUCAACGCAAGUCUAAGAGUGUUGAUGCGUUGAAACGCUGUGAUCAGGACCCAUAUGUUAUUGCAGCUGUUGCGAAGUUGUUUUGGCAGGACCGUAAGGUGGACAAGGCAAGAAGUUGGUUGAAUCGAGCUGUGACUUUGGCUCCUGACAUUGGAGACUUCUGGGCCCAGCUGUACAAGUUUGAGCUUCAGCAUUCGGGCGAGGAUGUGCAACAGGAUGUAAUUCAGAGAUGUUCAGCUGCUGAGCCUCGGCAUGGUGAGAAGUGGACUAAAGUUUCUAAGGCGGUUGAGAAUGCGCAUUUCUCUACAGAGGCUAUUUUGAAGAAACUUGUUCUGGCAGCGAAGGACGAAGAAACGAUGUAAUAGUGUUCGCAUUCUUCCUCCGAGUGAGCAUCUUCAUUACUGGGAGGGAAUGGCCGUAUUCUCUUUGAACCUAGGGAUUUUGUAGUGUCUCGGACAGGUAAUUGUAAAGUCACCUAAUUUUGAACCACAGAUUAUCCAGAACCGAGUUCACUCUACAUGUAUAUAUCAUCUUAAUCAGAAAGAUUUUUGGAGAAUUUGCAGGCUUGCAUGCUCGUCUUUUAGGGGAA